GGGGCGCGCAGGCCCAGCCCGGUGUCGGUGGCGGCUCGGCCGCCCCGGCGCCCGGCUGAGCUGAGGCUUACUUCCAGAGAAGAUGGCAGCCCUUCACACAGCUCCAGACUCCCCAGCUGCCCAGCUGGAGAGGGCCGAGGACGGGUCGGAAUGUGAUCCUGAUCAGGAGGAGGAGGAGGAGGAGGAGGAGGAGAUAGCAGUGGAAGAAGAGGAGGACAAGGCUGUAGAGGAGGAGCCGGAGGUGGAGGUGGAGGAGGACGAGGAUGUGGCAGAGGUGGUGGCAGAGGAGCAGAGUCCAGCGUCGGGGACCCAGGAGCACCUUAGCCUUGGUGGUGACACCAAGUCCCCAGUUCUUCAGGAAGAGGCCCUGCAGGCCUCCCGGGUUCCAGCCACACCUGGGGAUGAGGACCUGGAUGAGGACGAGGACGAGGAGGACGAGGACGAGGACGAGGAUGACGAUUCCUUGACAGCUGGGUCUCAGGGGCUGGUGACUUUUGAAGAUGUGGCUGUGUACUUUACCCUGGAGGAGUGGGAAAGGCUGGACGCAGACCAGCGGGACCUCUACAAGGAAGUCAUGCAGGAGAACUAUGGGAUCUUGGUGUCCUUGGGAUACCCAAUCCCCAAGCCAGACCUGAUCUUCCGGCUGGAACAAGGAGAGGAACCGUGGGUGCCGGAUAGCCCCCGUCCUGAGGAGGGAGACAUUGUCACUGGAGUCUACACAGGGGCCUGGUUCUGGACCGACGACAUAGAGGACCACGAGGAGGAGGACGACGAGGACUUCCUGGCGGAAGUGGCUGAGGAGGAGAACGAACCCCCUGGGCUGUGGUCCGCAGCCUACGGCGUGGGUGACGUGCCUGGGACGUGGGGCCCCGAUGACUCGGAUUCAGCGCAGACUCCGGAAGGGUGGGGGCCGGACCCUGGCGGCCUCGGGGUUCUGGCGGAGGGUUCCGAGGAAAAGCCCUUCCUGCCGGGCCGGGAGCCGGGCGCAAACCUGCUGGCACCUUGGGCCUUCCCAGCCGCGGCGGCUGCGCCGGACGGGCGGCCUGAGACCACGUGCGACGUGUGCGGCAAAGUGUUCCCGCACCGGUCCCGGCUGGCCAAGCACCAGCGCUACCACGCGGCCGUCAAGCCCUUCGGCUGCGACGAGUGCGGCAAGGGCUUCGUGUACCGCUCGCACCUGGCCAUCCACCAGCGCACGCACACCGGCGAGAAGCCCUUCCCGUGCCCCGACUGCGGCAAGCGCUUCGUCUACAAGUCGCACUUGGUCACGCACCGCCGCAUCCACACGGGCGAGCGGCCCUACCGCUGCGCCUUCUGCGGCGCGGGCUUCGGGCGCCGCUCCUACCUGGUCACGCACCAGCGCACGCACACGGGCGAGCGGCCCUACCCGUGCCCGCACUGCGGCCGCAGCUUCAGCCAGAGCUCGGCGCUCGCGCGGCACCAGGCAGUGCACACGGCGGACCGGCCGCACUGCUGCCCCGACUGCGGCCAGGCCUUCCGCCUCCGCGCCGACUUCCAGCGCCACCGGCGCGGCGGCGGCUGCGCGGAGCCCGGCGGCGACGGCCCUCGGCGGGAGCCCUGCGAGCUGCUGCCCGCGGCAGGGCCGGAGGAGGCCGAGGCCGGGCCCGAGGGACCUGAGGCCAGCGAGGCGGACGGAGAGGCCGAGGCCGAAGCCGACACCAGAGAGGCCGAGGCCGAGACCAGAGAAGCUUCGGCGGCGGAGGAGGCGCCCACCCCUGGAAGCAAGGAGGACCCUGAGCCGGACAGGCGGUUCCUGGAGCUGGGCAACGGUCUAGGGGAGGGCGAAGGCCCUUCGCACCCGCUCGGCUUCCACUUCCCUGUGCACCCCAAGUCUUGGCUCCAUCCGGACGGCUUCCCGAUCCUGGGCCUCCCGGACUUCGGGGAGCGGCUGCCGGCUGACCGGCGCCCCAUGCCUGGCCCUCUGGGGGGCCGGCUCUCCCUGGUAGAGGGUGCGGGGCUGGCCUGCGACCCUUUCGGCGGCGGCGGCGGCGGCGGGCCCGGGGGCGGCGGCGGCCUGCGCGCGUUCGGGCCUGCCGUUGGAGGGCUGCUGGCCGAGCCGGCGCCCGCCGCGCUGGCCGAGGAGGAGAGCCCGUGGAUCUGCUCCGACUGCGGCAAGACGUUCGGGCGCCGCGCCGCGCUGGCCAAGCACCAGCGCUACCACGCGGGCGAGCGGCCGCACCGCUGCGCCGACUGCGGCAAGAGCUUCGUGUACGGCUCGCACCUGGCGCGCCACCGGCGCACGCACACGGGCGAGCGGCCCUUCCCGUGCCCCGAGUGCGGCGCGCGCUUCGCCCGCGGCUCGCACCUGGCGGCGCACGUGCGCGGCCACACCGGUGAGAAGCCCUUCGUGUGCGGCGUCUGCGGCGCGGGCUUCAGCCGGCGCGCGCACCUGACGGCACACGGGCGCGCGCAUACGGGCGAGCGGCCCUACGCGUGCGGCGAGUGCGGCCGCCGCUUCGGGCAGAGCGCGGCGCUGACGCGGCACCAGUGGGCCCACGCGGAGGAGAAGCCGCACCGCUGCCCCGACUGCGGCAAGGGCUUCGGCCACAGCUCGGACUUCAAGCGGCAUCGGCGCACGCACACGGGCGAGAAGCCUUUCCGCUGCAGCGACUGCGGCCGCGGCUUCGCGCAACGCUCUAACCUGGCCAAGCACCGGCGCGGCCACACGGGCGAGCGGCCCUUCCCGUGCCCCGAGUGCGGCAAGCGCUUCUCGCAGCGCUCGGUGCUCGUGACGCACCAGCGCACGCACACGGGCGAGCGGCCCUACGCCUGCGCCAACUGCGGCCGCCGCUUCUCGCAGAGCUCGCACCUGCUCACCCACAUGAAGACGCACCGCAGCGCAGCCGGUGUGCCCGGCCCGGCGGCCCCCGCGCCCAAGGCUGAGGCGCCCGCCAAGGGGCCACCGGGCGCAGGCGCGGGCGCCGGGCUGGGGGAGCGCGGCAGCACCCUGCUGGAGUUCGCGGGCGGAACGAGCUUCGGCUCCGAGCCGACUGCCGCGUUCGCGGGGCCCUCGAGAGCCUACGAGGAGAGCAUCAUGUGAAGGCCCGAGGCCGACGGAGGCGCAGCCCCCUAGGCCACUGGCCCCUCCUCCGGGAGGCUCGGGCGCCGGCCGCUGCGCGCCCGCCCCUUGCUCCUUUGGCCUCGAGGGGCUGAGGGUCCCAGUCCUGGUGCGGUGCCUUUCCCUCAGCCCCGGCGCACCGCCCCCUGGCCUCGGGCUUCCUUCCUGCCUGACCCCUAGAGCCAGGCCGCCGAGCUCGUAAGGCCGCGUGGAGCGCGAAUGGGAAGAGAGCUGAGCGCCGAGGAGGCGAGGGCAGGGGACGGCCGCCCCGACAAAGACUGCGACGUCCCUGGGUUUAUGCUGUGAAGGCGAGCGGUAGGGGUGGCAAGCGAUGUUAUUUAUUUUAUUUGGAAUUCGAUUUGGGUGGCCCGGGGAAAGGUGGCUUAUGAGUUUGUAAUGGGGUUUUACAGUGAGGGCGGGGAAGCCCUUGUGUCAAGGGGAGGGUGGGGUUGUCGAGGGCAGAGCAUGUGGCUGUUCCGGUGGGUUUGGCAGACGACUUCUUUCCAUUCCUCAGUCGGAGGCUUCAGGGACCUUCUGGUCAUUUGAGUAUGUCGGGAAAGUUUUAAGUACUGCGCACGUGUCAAGGGGAAGCCUUGAGGGUGUUCGAAGGACGACAUUCCUCCCUAACCCAGGGGGAUGGGUAUUGAACUGGGAAAGCUUUUAUUCUGUCGGUUGUGGAUAUUUAUUUCCAUCUCGUGUAUAGCCUGAGGAAUCUGGGAGGAGGAGAAAAAGCCAGAAACUAAAUUUGUGGCCCGGGGUGGAUGGGUUGCAGGUGUUGGAAGGGUCCCAAGGGAGCCUAUUCUCGGGGGUUGCUCACUCUCCUCACCCCACUUGAGCACCGAUAUCAGCCAGGUGCUAGUCACGCUGGGUUAGUUGUAGUCUCAGCCUCUCUUGAGUCUUUUGGUAUUCUCAUCCGGCGCAGCUGGAGGUGGCAUACUCAGAGAUCCUUUGGGGGCCCUGUGCAGGCUCCCGUGGCCUUGGGCCCCAGCCUUCAACUCCCUGGGCUGCCACCUCUUCUAGAGCAGGUGGACACAUGGGACUGUGCUCUUUUGAGCCUAACGCUCGUUUAGAUUUAAUAACUAAUUGUAAAGUGACUGAGGUUGGUAGCAGGAUCAUUUCUUACAUCUCAUAAUUAGGGCCUUGUGACAUCUACAGGUCCCUUUAACUCUGCUCCUGUCAUUAUUCUACACUAGAAGCAAGUAGUGUUUCUGUUAGAUUCCCAUUUCGCAGAGCGGGCAGUCUGCACAGUGCCAGUCCACCUCUCCAGGUGUGGACCUGAGCCCGUGGCUCAAUGACAAACCGAACACCCAACUAUGCAAGGCCCACACCUGACCACACCCCACCCUCUGGGCUGUGCCGUGGGGAGCCACCGGGCAGGCAGCUGAGGCAAGGCUCAUGCAAGACUCCCCCUUCCUUAACCCCUUUUUGACCAGUGUGAGUGGGGCCAGAAAACUGAGAUUUGGAAGCAGUUGAAUUCCCUUUUAGAUCUAGUUCCUUCUGUUUUAGUGUAGACAUGGUCUCGGGGCCUGAGAGCCAGCAGCCAGGCUGCUAGGGGCUCGGGGCGGGGUAGGAGGCAGAGUAAUGGUGGGUGGGGAGAGGGCGUGGAUGGUGGUGGUAAGAAGUAGCCUGGCUGGGUGAGGUGGUGGGUGGGGUGGGGUGGUGAGGAGGGCAGGGGUCCCGAGGAGGCAGCAGCAGUGCUGGGUGAUGCCACCUCUGCCCCUGGUUUCUCUCCUUUCCCUGUGGGACAGGAGCCUCAGAAAGGGGCCAGGGCAAGGUGCGCUAGCCUCGCAUGGCUGGGGUUUGGCUCCAUGCCCAUCCUCCUGGUAUGCCCCUUGAGUGCAUACCUUCAGUGCCCCUCCUGGGCCGCCACUGCUACUGCUCUGCCCUGAAGCUGUUGGGAGGAGGACCUAGCUUUAAUAAAGAGUGGAGAAAUGACCUUUCUGACUGGAUUCCAUGUUGUUGCUGUUCCUCGGUGCCCUCAGGGAGGCUCUGCAAGGCUUCAGGCCCAUUUGGUUUCUGCAAACAUGUUUUUAGGAGUUUCUCUUAACAGAAACUGGAAUUGGGCCAUGAAGAGUCAGCCCAAGACGAGCUUUUCCCCCUGCUGCCUGUGUUCACCCAGUCUUUCUGGGAUCCCCAGCAGGACCCCACACUGCCACAUAGUCCUUGUAACACACGCACCUAUCUCGAGACAUUAUUGCAUUCAGGAUUGUUUUGGUCGAAGGAGAGAGUCAGGUUCCCUUCCUGGUGGUCGAGAUGCGCCUGAGUCACAGACCUCUGCUCAGAAACCCCAAGGCCAUGUGGCUUUAUCCAGGCCCACCUGGUCUGUGCCAGGGCACCUGCUCCCCAGGGCCCCAAACACCUUCCUUUGAACUGAUUUGUUGACUUCUUUCUUCUCACCACUUGUUGUCCCCAUGACCAGGUCUGACUCUCCCAUCGUUUCCCCAUGGAUUUGAAAAAUGUGAACUAUGAAGUAAAUUCUUUUUUCAAAUGUGAUUUGGAGGCUCCAGAACAAAACCCAAUAUUUCAGUGGCAGAUGGAUGUUAAGAUUUAGUUAAAAUGGAUGGCCUCGAGGAUCUUAAAGUCUAUUCAGAACAGUUAAAUUGUUCCCUGAUAGAGCUCACAGGUGUCCAGCCAAAUACUUGGUUUUAGGGGGGAAAAUCAAACAAUCCUGAUUGUCAUAGAAAAAAAGUAGACAGCCUUCCUGGUGUUGAGAGGACUUCUGAAUUUCUGGAGUCCUGAUUCCACAUAUGUCAAUUUAGCAUCUCCCAUCAUUGCCAAGGAGGAAUGGAAGCCAGCGACCCGUGAGAUGUGACCCAUGAGAGGUGGCACUUGGAGAGCAUGAGGCCCUGAGCACCCCCUCGCCUCCACCUGCCUUUGUUGUUUUCUUUUUUCUCUGUUGCUCACACUUCCCCAACCUCCUCCCUUCCCCCCCGACCCUUUCACUUACUCUCUUCAAACAUUUCCUUCUAGCUCUUUUUCUCUCUCUAAUUGGCUACCUAUGGAAUAAAGUAUUUUGAAGUUUUUGGUUAUAUUUAUUAAAUAAAGCUUUAUGAUCCUUGUUCAUUA